UUUGUGAAUUUUCUCAGCAACCAAACAGAGGUGAUUUUGCUGUAAAUGUCUGGUUGUUGGGAGAAGCAAUGAGAUAAGAAUAAUAAAAGUGAGACUUCACUCUGAGAAUGAUUUUUUAUUUUCCUAGUAUUGAGACUUUAGAAAUCCAAAUCUGAGCUCAAAUUGGACGUGCAACUAUUUGGUGUAGUUAAAUCGAUUUUGCUGGUUCUGGGAUGCUGACAUCACUGGUGAAAAAACAAAGAUCCAAAAGUGCAAUAUUUUGUUUUUGUUUUUGUUUCUUUUACCCUUAGCUUUCUGGAUGACCAAACAGGGACUUGAGGUUUUCGUCUGUAGCUCAAGCUUGUUCCUUUAACUUUGUUUUGGAAUCUUUGUACUCGGGUUUGCUUGUUUGUUAAGCGAGCUUGAAGUGAGUGAACAGGGAAACGUGUUGGUGGCUUUUUUAUUUGCCAUUCUUUGCUUCAAGCCUUAGGCAGUUGGUAAUUGUAUUCUUAGGGGUUUCCCUUUGGAUGGAAUUCUACAGAAAAUAUGUAUUCUAGGUGUUGUUUGUUGUCCCAGACGGAGAGAUGCUUUGGGAAGAAACCCUGCUGUUCAUUUUUUGUAUUCACUGGUGCUUGUUUUCGAGCUUUUAUGGCUCUACUUACGGAGAAAUUCAAAAGGAAAUGCGAGGCACUUUUCAGUAGCAGAGGCUGUCUUGGAUGCUGUACUGGUACCCAACCCCGACUACUUAUUGCGGUCGAUGAGCCAUCAAACAGACUGAGAAUUCAAGGUCGAUCGGCGAGGAAAAAUAGCAUAUCAGAGGACUUCUGGAGCACUAGCACUAUGGAAAUGGAGAACAGUGGAGUCCAGUCCCAGAAAAGCAUCUCUUCAGUGAGCACUUCAAACCGCAUUGAUUCCCAUGGUACUUCUGGCAGCACAAGCAAUACACCUGAAUUUGUAAAUCAUGGUCUUUUACUCUGGAACCAGACGAGGAGUCAGUGGCUUGCAAAUAGGUCUCAACACCAGACGCAACUUCGAGAACCUAGAAUAAGUUGGAAUGCCACUUAUGAGAGUUUACUUAGUACCAACAAGCCGUUUCGCCAACCGAUCCCUCUCCCUGAAAUGAUCGAUUUUCUUGUUGAUAUAUGGGAGCAAGAAGGUUUGUACGAUUGAUCCAGCAAAGCCAGAAAAACUUUCUUUUCUUUAGCUUUUCUUGCCCAGCUUUGUAAAUUUACGCAAGUCUUUGAAUCUUUGAUACUGAUGCUUGCUUACAUAUCAAUUUGCUAUGUUAGAUACAUUUGAGCU